AUGUUAUUUUUCAGAGUAUUGUGUUUUGUGUUAUUCUCUAUUAAUUUUACACUGAUUACUGUUGCAAAUGAAUUUUGUGAUAAGUCAGAUGGAUAUGAAGAAACUAAUAAUAAAUGUAACAUUCAAUUACAUUAUUCACGUAACCGUUAUAUACUCUAUGAUGUUAAUCCUGUAGAAGGUUUUAAUCUUAGGAGAGAUGUUUUUAUUCGUAUCGCGGUUUUUACAAAGAAUUUAAUUAAACAAGAAGAAAAAUUUAAAUGGCAAUUAGUUUUGCCACCAUGGGGUAAUUUGUAUCAUUGGCGUAGUAAGCACAUAGGAUUUCAAACACAACUGCCUUGGAGUCUGUUUUUUGAUAUUUUAAGUUUACAGAGAUAUGUACCAAUUAUUGAAAUGCACCAAUUUUUGCAAGAGUAUCCUUCAGAAAGUAAUCAAACACAUCUUGAUAUUAUAUAUAUUCUACAAAAUGAUGAAGAAAUGUUCAAAACUGGUAUAUUUGAAGAUAAGAAUGAAGUAACAGAAUGUACUGAUAAAUCGUUACAAUUUUAUAAAGUAGAAUCUGAAAAAUAUGUUGGGAAUUUUUGGGGAUAUCAUAAUAUAACUUCAAAAAUUGUUAAGUGUAUUAAAUUUCAUGGUAUGAUGUCAGGUCUUAAACAAAAUCUUAAACCUAAUGUUUAUAGGUCUGUAAUAUUUGAUCACAUAGAAAUUGCAUUACAUGAUUUCUAUGGUACAAGAGAAUAUUGGAAAGCUAGACGCAGUAUGCGAUAUAAUUUUGAAUUGUAUGAUAUUGCUAAUGAAUAUAGAAAAAAAUUUCUUAAUUCAACAAACCUGCGUGAUAAAACAGAACGACCAGAUGAUUGGACUAAGGAACAGAAUAGAAGAAAUGCAAUUGGAGGACCUUAUUUAUCAGUUCAUUUAAGAAGACGCGAUUUUUUAGUUGGUCGUCCUUCAACAAUACCAACAAUAAAAUCGGCUGCUUUUCAGUUAAAAAAUAAGUUAUAUGAACUUAAAUUAAAAUUUCUAUUUGUUGCUACAGAUGCUACAUGGGAAGAAUUCAAUGAACUUAAAGGAUACCUAUCUGAUUAUAUAGUUCUUAGAUUUAUUCCAUCAGAUUAUGUAUUAAAUAAAUUUAAAGAUGGUGGAAUUGCAAUUAUUGAUCAAAUAAUUAGUUCUUAUGCUAGAUAUUUUAUAGGAACAUUUGAAUCAACAUUUACAUUUAGAAUACAAGAAGAUAGGGAAAUCAUUGGUUUUCCUACAAAAACUACAUUUAAUUAUUUAUGUAAAGAUACUGAGAAAUGUGACUCUAAUGGACAAUGGGAAAUUGUUUGGUAA